GGGUCAGCGCGCAGGCGCAGUAGGCCAUGGCGCGGAAAUGGCGGCCGUUGUCGUUGAUAUUGGCGGCGGCGGUGGCGGCGCUGGCUUUGGGCAGCCCGAGUGUGUGGGCCGUCGGCCGCAGCUCCACAGCAGAUGGAAGUUGGCACAGGUACAAGGACAAGAUAUCAGCAGCUGUGGGUUCUUACCAGCCCUGCAUCCAACAUAACUGCAGCUGUCACCAACGUGUCCUAGAGGAUGAUCUUUCACCCUUCAAGCAAGGAAUCUCCAGUGAUUUGAUGGCUGAUACUGUCAGUAAAAAUGUAGGGACUCACUACCAGAUAAUGCAGAACAAGUUGUAUCGGCAAGAUGACUGCAUGUUCCCUGCCAGGUGCAGUGGGGUAGAGCAUUUUAUAUUGGAAAUAAUUGACCAGCUUCCUGACAUGGAAUUUGUGCUCAAUGUCCGAGACUACCCUCAGGUUCCAAACUGGAUGAAGCCCAUCAGGCCUGUUUUAUCUUUCAGCAAGACAUCAGAGUACUAUGACAUCAUGUACCCUGCUUGGACCUUCUGGGAGGGAGGUCCAGCAGUCUGGCCCAUUUAUCCAACAGGACUUGGACGCUGGGACCUAAUGAGGAAGGAGUUAAAAGUAUCUGCUGAAAAGUGGCCAUGGGAGGAGAAAGUCUCAAAAGGUUUUUUUCGAGGAUCAAGGACAAGUUCUGAGCGAGAUCCUCUUAUUUUGCUGUCUCGGGAGCAACCUUUGUUAGUAGAUGCGGAAUACACCAAAAACCAAGCCUGGAAGUCCGAAAAGGAUACUCUAGGAAAACCCCCUGCUAAAGAAAUUCCAUUGGUGGACCAUUGCAAGUACAAGUAUCUGUUUAAUUUCCGAGGUGUUGCAGCCAGUUUCCGAUUUAAACACCUCUUUCUGUGCGGAUCCUUGGUUUUCCAUGUCGGGAAUGAAUGGCUGGAAUUCUUUUACUCCCAGCUGAAACCUUGGGUACAUUAUAUUCCUGUUAACCAAGACCUCUCCAACGUUCGGGAGUUGCUACAGUUUGUUCAGGAAAAUGACCACAUUGCCAGAGAGAUUGCAGAGAGUGCUUAUCUUUCCCUUCACAGGGGCCGCCAGUUUAUCCUGGAGCACUUGAAGAUGGAGGAUGUUUCCUGUUACUGGAAGCAGCUGCUUAUGAGAUAUUCCAAACUCCUGCUGUAUAAACCAAAGAAACAGAAGAAGUACAUCCAGAUCUUUGCCAAGCAUGAGCGAGGUGAGCUGUAGCUCCCGGAGACACGGAUGCAUUCACAGCAACUGCAGGGUCAGGUUACCUGUGAAACUUCCAACACAGUCAAACCAGUUUGCUAAGCUGAGUAACAUUCCCAAAGGUUUUCAAAAACUUUGCUGAAGUUACAAAUUCUGGUCCAGUCAGGAUCCAGCUAAACUUACACAAAACACAGAGUCCAGCCACUUAAGGCUACAUCCUUCUGUCCACGUUAAAUUCAAGGGAAACGAUGUGGAAUGGAAAGCCUUCAAAAAUAAGGAACAAAAUAUGUACGGUCUCUAUAAUCAUGGCCUCAGUGUCAUCUGUUUAAUUUAUUGAAGAAAAUUCCAAUAGCAAUUUUUUUUUAAUAGACAGUCAAUGGAGACACACUCGACAGCUUCAAAGAGUAAGAGGUGACUUGAUUGAAACGUGUAAGAUCCCAAGGGUCUUGCUAGGAUGGAUGUGGAAAGGAUGUUCCCUAUUAUGAAUUAAUUUACAACUUGGGGUUGCCUUUUAAGACAAAGAUGAGAAUAUUUUUCUCUGAGAACUUUUGGAAUUCUUCAAAAGAUGGUGAAAGCAGGGACUUUGAAUCUUUUUAAGAUAGAGGUAGAUUGAUUCUGGACAAGCGAGGAGGUGAAGGCUUAUUGGGGAAGGAGGGAAUGUGGAGCAUUGAGAUCAGCCAUGGUCUUAUUGAAUUGUUGAAUAGAAUCGAGUGGCCUACUCCUACUCCCACUCUAUAUGUUGAUCUGUAAACUCAAGAAGAUCUUCAUUAUUCAUCUUUGGAGCAACAUUCCCAAUAAGGUCAGGGGCUGGAAUGUUUGAGUUCUUAUCACCACUGCCCCUUCGCUGAAUCAGCAUUCCUGACUUCUAGCCUCUCCAUGGCCAUAUUCCGAUCCAGCUGGUAAAUUGUUUAAUUCUGAAGUCUAUUCCACUUGACCGACAGAGGAACAUUCGAUCACUGCCUGGUGCUACCCUCCCUUCCUAACCUCCACUUAAGUGCCUUGUUAAAUUGCUGUAGGUGGCCAAGUUACUGUGUGUUUUGUUGGUUGAUGGGUUCAGAUAAUGCAGCUGAUUAUACUCUGGUCGUAUCCAUUCAAAUGAGGCAGUAUCAGAUUUGCUGUCUGGUCACAAUGAAAUGAAGCUUUGGGCAGAAUGGACACAACAGAAAAACAGCACCACCCCGCUGCUCCAAUCAACCAAUCAUUGAAACUGUGACAACAAAAUGAUGUAAUAAAUCAGUUUAAAUAAAAGGUUUUUAAUAAAAUUUUUUUACACA